UUUCUGGUUCUCUUACUGAUUUCAACUCCAAGGGCACAAGAGACUACAGUCCCCGGCAGAUGGCAGUUCGUGAGAAGGUGUUUGAUGUAAUCAUCCGUUGCUUCAAGCGCCAUGGUGCAGAAGUCAUUGACACACCUGUAUUUGAACUAAAGGAAACACUGACGGGAAAGUAUGGGGAAGACUCCAAGCUUAUCUAUGACCUGAAAGACCAGGGUGGAGAGCUGCUGUCCCUUCGCUAUGACCUCACUGUUCCUUUUGCUCGGUAUUUGGCAAUGAAUAAACUGAACAACAUUAAACGCUACCACAUAGCAAAGGUAUAUCGGCGGGAUAACCCAGCCAUGACCCGCGGCCGAUACCGGGAAUUCUACCAGUGUGAUUUUGACAUUGCUGGAAACUUUGAUCCCAUGAUCCCUGAUGCAGAGUGCCUGAAGAUCAUGUGCGAGAUACUGAGUUCACUUCAGAUAGGCGACUUCCUGGUCAAGGUAAAUGAUCGGCGCAUCCUAGAUGGGAUGUUUGCCAUCUGUGGUGUUCCUGACAGCAAGUUCCGUACCAUCUGCUCCUCAGUAGAUAAGUUGGACAAGAUGUCCUGGGAAGAAGUGAAGAAUGAGAUGGUAGGAGAGAAGGGCCUCGCACCCGAGGUGGCUGACCGCAUUGGGGACUAUGUCCAGCAGCAUGGUGGCGUAUCCCUGGUGGAACAGCUGCUCCAGGAUCCUAAACUAUCCCAAAACAAGCAGGCCUUGGAGGGCCUGAGAGACCUGAAGCUGCUCUUUGAGUACCUGACCCUAUUUGGCAUUGAUGACAAAAUCUCCUUUGACCUGAGCCUUGCUCGAGGGCUGGAUUACUACACUGGGGUGAUCUAUGAGGCAGUGCUGCUACAGUCCCCAGCCCAGGCAGGGGAAGAGCCCCUGGGUGUGGGCAGUGUGGCUGCUGGAGGGCGCUAUGAUGGGCUAGUGGGCAUGUUUGACCCCAAAGGACGCAAGGUGCCAUGUGUGGGACUCAGCAUUGGAGUGGAGCGGAUUUUCUCCAUCGUGGAACAGAGACUGGAGGCUUUGGAGGAGAAGGUACGGACCACGGAGACACAGGUGCUUGUGGCAUCUGCACAGAAGAAGCUGCUAGAAGAGAGACUAAAGCUUGUCUCAGAACUGUGGGAUGCUGGGAUCAAGGCUGAGCUGCUGUACAGGAAGAACCCAAAACUACUGAACCAGUUACAGUACUGUGAGGAGGCAGGCAUCCCACUGGUGGCUAUCAUCGGCGAGCAGGAACUCAAGGAUGGGGUCAUCAAGCUCCGUUCAGUGACUAGCAGGGAAGAGGUGGACAUCCGAAGAGAAGACCUUGUGGAGGAAAUCAAAAGGAGAACAGGCCAGCCCCUCUGCAUCUGCUGAACUAAGCAAACUAUCAGAGGAAAGGAAGUGGGACUGGCACUAUUUGAGGCUAAGACAAACUGCAUAUGUACUUCAGCUGCUUUGCACUUUUCCAUUUCAGCAAGACCUGAAGAGUGGUCAGAACAAAGACUUUUAAUUUUUUUGAUGGUUAUUUUAUUGAUCACUGGCAAAAAUGGCCAGGUCUACACCUUUUUCAUACAAAGCCCUGGGAGCUUAAUCCAGUCUUGUGUUCCUGGGCUACAAGAACUCGGCCUGAGAUGGUCUCAUCUGCAGAGCCCCACACCAGAUGAGGCAGACGCCUCCCUGCAACCAGUCCCUGAAGGUCCAAUAAAAUGCCUCAUGCCUCAACCAUG